AAACACACGCACACACAGGCCAAGUGCCAACAGCUCCAUCAAGUAGUGUCCAUGUGUACCAGAUUAGUGAUCAUAGCUUUGUCUCGGACAGCGCAGCACAAACACCCACACACUAAUGGAUUCUGGACCUCCGCUCUCUCUGUCACUCUUCAUAAGGGUGUUUAUGGUUUCUGCCACAGCUUCAGCAGUCAACCUUGAAGGGGAACUUUUCAAGGAUUUGAUGAAGGGUUACAACAAGAAUGUCCGGCCCAGGGAGAAGAGCGGUGACAUCACUCAGGUCGACAUCAAGAUGACGCUCACCAACCUUAUCUCUCUGAAUGAAAAGGAGGAGGCCCUGACAACGAGCGUCUGGAUAGAAAUGCAAUGGUGUGACUACAGGCUCAGAUGGGACCAACCACCCAGGUCAGCUCUGUAUGGGAACAUCACCUCUGAGCUGCGCAUCCCCUCCAAGAGCAUCUGGCUGCCAGACGUCAUACUGGAGAACAAUGUGGAUGGGCAAUUCGAGGUAGCACUUUAUUGCAAUGCACUGGUGUCUCCUGAUGGCUGUGUGUACUGGCUUCCUCCUGCCAUCUACCGCAGUGCUUGUACCAUCACUGUCAACUACUUCCCCUUUGACUGGCAGAACUGCACCAUGGUCUUCCGCUCCCAGACUUACAGUGCCAAUGAGAUCGAAUUGGUUCUCAAAGAGGAGGAUAACCACACCUUGGAGUGGGUGGAUAUUGACCCGGAGGCUUUUACAGAAAAUGGAGAGUGGGUCAUCAAACACAGGCCAGCUAAGAAGUUGAUCCAUACUCAGUACACUAAGGAUGAGCUGGAGUACCAGGAGGUGGUCUUCUUCCUCAUCAUCCAGCGAAAGCCCCUCUUCUACAUCAUCAACAUCAUUGCUCCCUGUGUGCUCUUCUCCUCCCUCUGUCUCCUUGUCUACUACUUACCUGCCAAAGCCGGUGGUCAGAAGUGCACCAUGUCUGUUGCCACUCUUCUAGGCCAGACUGUGUUCCUAUUCCUUAUCGCCAAGAAGGUUCCAGAGACUUCGAAGGCAGUGCCUCUUAUUGGAAAGUAUUUGAUGUUUGUGAUGUCAGUGACCACCAUGGUAGUGAUGAACUGUGUGAUAGUCCUCAACGUCUCCCUGAGAACCCCGAACACUCACAUAAUGACAGACAAAGUCCGAAAGAUCCUCCUAAACAUCCUGCCUCGGCUGCUGAGAAUGCAGAUGCAACCCUGGACACCAAACAAUGGUAACACCUCACACACUGGAAAUGGUGAAACUCUGGCUACAGACAGGAGCAGUGUGCUUCUGGUCCCUUGCCGACGCCGCAGCUCCAUGAGCCUCAUCACCAAGGCGGAGGAAUAUGCAAUGAAAACAGCUCGGUCUGAACUCAUGUUUGCCAGACUCAAAGAAAGACACGGAUUGAUGAAAUCAGUAUUAGAUAAGAUACAUGAUGGGCUGGAGGGGAGUACAGCCGAGCAGCUUAGUGCCAGCCUGGCAAAGGCCUCUCCAGAGCUGAAGCAGUGUGUUGCGUCCUGCAAACACAUAGCUGAGACUGCAAAGCAACAGAACAACUUCCAGAAUGAGAAUGAAGAGUGGUUCCUGGUCGCCCGGGUGAUCGACAGGGUCUGCUUUAUUGUCAUGGCAUUGGUGUUUUUUAUCGGCACAAUCGGGAUCUUCCUAAUGGGCCAUUUCAACCAGCCUCCCUCCUCACCUUUCCUUGGGGAUCCCAAGAAGUAUCUCCCGCCAAUGAAAAAUCUCACCGAUCUAACUGAGACCGACUUCCUGGAGUGAACCAGGAGAAAAUCUCCAGAUUUUAACUGAAGUGGAGAUCUGACGGUGUCCGUCAGUGAUCUUUCACUAAUGACUGGGGCAGAGAUAGGAUGGAGAAGAUACAGCCGUGUGUAUUUUCAUUUGGUAAUGUGGGCCUGUAGACUAUCACAAAGUCAAAAAUGCCGGGUCAUGGUGAUAAAGGAUCCACAGCACAGCUGUGUGGAUGCCACGCUUGAUCCAUGAUGACGCAUACCGGUGUCAGCUGUGACUGAUUGUUGAGGUUGAGAAUGUUUUUGCAUAAAAUGCUGUAUAAGAAAAAAAGAGCAAUUUCCUUAGCUCUUCUUGUUACCAGCUCAGUGUAUGCUGUACUUUUACUUUUUCACCUUCUGUUGACUUUGAUAAAAUUCAAGCCCAUCAUGAUAAACUACGUGAGACAUCUGUUGAUCACACAUGUAGACAGUGAACAGCAGACAAAUGUGUCAAAUGAAUGCUUUUACCAAUAAAAGUACUACUGUAAUCUUGUGAUUGCACACUCUCA